GUGCUCGGCCGCGAACAGAUUCAGUCAUUACUGGCGACAUUGGGAGUUAUUUAUCUAACGGAAAAAACGGGUUUUCAGUUUCUGCAAUAUAGUAAUUGUUUUCGUUCUCUCCUUGCCGGGGAGCGCGUGGCUGCAUGGGCCUGGGAGAGGCGUGACGCGCCUGUACCGCAUCUCCUGGAUGGCAGAUAUUUGCAUAUAGGGUCGCCUGAAAGCAUGCAGUGAUGAUGCUAUUGAGGAGAGAUGGCAUCGCACGUGUGUGAUGUGACAACUAGCGUGCCACGGAGAGUCUGAUUCUGAUGAGCGCGUGUUCGAGGAUGUGCCCCGGAGUCUCUCAGGGCCUGCGCACUAAUUGUGCGCACCUGUUGGUAGCAUCCUUGCUGGUGUCCAUGACGAUGUCAAGCUCACCUGUUGCAGGCGGUGUGGACUCCAAUGGAACGACAGCAAAACGGUCCUCAUCGCGGUCGUCAUCGUCACCCUCUUCCAGAUGGCCAGGCGCCACCCCACCCAAAGACACUAGUCCCCAUGGUAACACUGACGCUGCCUCAGUGGACGAUGAAGCUCAGGGCAUACAUCUCCUCCUGAGACCCCCGGACCUGCUGUCCCCCAGCCACCCCCCUCCUCUGCCCCCCCACAGCCAGCCCACCCUCACCCCGCCCCCGCCCUGGGAACACGCCCCCUCCCUAGAGGAGGCCUGGGGGUCCGGUGACUACCUGGAAACGCUCUCCUUCAUGGGCCCAGAGGGGGAGGAACUGACCCUGGCCACACCCUUACCCAGUCACACCUACGACCCUGAUGACGGGGCCUCCUAUGACACCUCCUUCCCCUCCCGCCCAACCCUCCCCCUGUCCUCCAGCCUCCUCCGACCCUAUAUGUCCCCCACCUACCCCCUCCGGGAGGGUCUCCCCUUCACUCACCCUGCCCAGCCUGAGGGAUACCCUCACUGGGAUGAAGAAGACUAUGACCUGGGGGACAUUUUUCCUCUGGAGCCCACGGAGCUGCUGCUGCCGGAUAUGAACAGUCUGGAGUACUACACCAAUCUGCUGGCCAGAGAGAGAGACGAGGAGAGGGAACGGGAGAGAGAGAGGGAAAGGGAGCGAGAAUGGGAGAGAGACAGGGAAAGGGAGAGGGAUCGAGAUGGAGAAAGAGACAGAGAUAGAGAAAUAGUCAUCCCACCCCCAAAGACCACCCCCAAACUUGGCAUCACACCCACCACUACCACAAAAACACACAUACACACUCAGCCCCCAUCCCCCUCCCCUAGCACAGGGCACCCUCCUGCCCAGGACCACAAGCACCCUCUUGUCCCCUCAGCAGGUCCCACCCCUCCCCUGACCCUCUCACCCACUCUCUGGGAGGGUCAGGGUACCGCCACCCCUGGAGUUAGACCCACCUCCAGAGUACCCCCUCAGCCUCCUGUUCCGCGGCCCAGAGUCCCCCCAGCUACCCCUGGCAGACACCCUCCACUGCCCCCAUCUAACACCACCAGCCUGGCUCGCCCCCCACUGCGACCUCCAGGGAGGGAACCCAUAAAACCACCACCACCUGUGACCGAGGUCCCCAGCAACCGACCGACAACCACUACCAAGGCAACCACUGUUACCACGACAACCCCUGGUACCCUGGCGAGCAUCACUCGGACUCCCCCAGCCCCUCCAGGACGCCAGUAUCUGUGUAACGUCACCAAGCCUGACAUGUACCUGGUCAGAGUGGUCCUGCCGAAGUCUGGCUCCACUGUGGGCUUUGGCCAGGUCAGGGACAUCUUGAAGAGGGAAUUCAACCGCUCAGUGGAGUUGCAGUUCCUGAGAACUCCGUCUAGCCUUGCGUUCCGUGUUGUGGCGGGACCUCUGAUCUUCACCGCCAUGUCUGUCGUCAACGCUCUGCGCCAAUCAACACGAAGCUCCUCCUUGUUCCCCACUGUCUCACCUCUCUACGGCAUACCUGAUCACAAGUACCAGAUACACUCUGUGCUGCAGUUUGUGCCCGGUCACGUGGAUGUGCGUGUGUGUAACUUCAGUGAGCGAGUGGAGAGAGGACUGCUGAUGGCCUACACAGAGACACGCAGACGUGCACAUGAAUUUGGCAAUGUUACUGUACAGCUUCUGAACAUCACCAUGGGUCAGGCCAAGCCGCAGGGUGACCAGAAGGUUCCGGUGGACAUCACGUUUGCGUUGCGUGAUGGGCGGGGCUACCUGUUGGGGUCAGAGGUCAGCGGUCACCUGAGACACCUAAGCACGGUGGAGUUCAGCUUCUACCUGGGCUUCCCCGCGCUGCAGAUCGCUGAACCCUUCCACUACCCCGAGCUGAACGUUUCUCACCAUCUACGCUCCUCCUGGGUCCGCACCGUGUUACUGGGUGUCCAGGAGCAGACGGUGACUGAGCGGAGCUUCAAGGCUCGUCUGGAGCGCCGUCUGGCCCUGCUGCUGGAGGAGGGGCUGGGGAGGAGUAAACGACCCCGCUGGAAAAGAUCCACGGCCGCGGGCAACAACAGCUUACAGGUGGUGCGUGUGUCGAGGCUGGCAGGUUCAGGGCGUUCUCUGGAAGUGGUGUAUUUCGUGGAGGGACCAGAGGGGGAGAGAGUCCCUGCUGAUGCCACCGCUGCCACCCUCAACCGCCUGGAGCUGCAACGGGCUGCCAUCGUACUGGGGCACCGCGUCCAGAGACCCCUUGCCCAGCCUGUGGAGACCCUGACGGUGCCCCCGUCUGAGACUCAGAGCAGCAGUGUCUGGCUGAUUGUGGGGGUGGUGGUGCCUGUCCUGCUGGCUAUCUUCAUCAUCAUCAUCCUCUACUGGAAACUGUGCGGCUCAGAGAAGCUGGAGUUCCAGCCUGACGCCAUCAACACCAUCCAGCAGAGACAGAAGCUGCAGGCUUCCAGUGUGAAAGGGUUUGACUUUGCCAAGCUCCACCUGGGGCAGCACAGUAAGGAUGACAUCAUGGUGAUCCAGGAGCCUGGUGCGCUCCCCGUGCCCAUCAAAGAGUCCACCCCCUCUGAGGGAGGGGAUCUCAACACUCCCAAAUCCAAGGGCUCCUCCACCAAGGCUGCCCGCGCUAACCGCCGUAGGGGGAGACUGUCCCCGUCAGAUGGUGACUCGUUAGGUAGCGACCAAUCGAGUGGCAGGGAGUCUGCAGAGGAGACCACCAGACAUGUGGGCACGCCCCACGAGGGGAAACCGCACCGAAACAAAACGCCCAAGAAUGUCCUUCCUGCAGGCAGUGGUCCAGAUGAGUUGCUCUCCUCUUCCUCCAUCUUUGACCACGUGGACCGUCUGUCCCGAGGCUCGUCUGAUGGCAGAGGUCGCCAGGCCAACAAGGUCCAGCUGAUUGCCAUGCAGCCCCGGCCCAGCCCACCACAACGCUCACACAGCCCCACCAUCACAGAGAGGGUCAGCGCAGAGGUGGCUCUGAGACAUAAGUCUGAGAUCGAGCACCACAGGAACAAGCUGCGUCAGCGGGCUAAGAGGCGGGGCCAGUGUGAGUUCCCCUCUAUGGAUGACAUCCUGGAUGCCUUCGGGCAGGCGCAGGAGGAGGCGGGGCAGGGAGGGUGUCCCCAGCGCCUCUACAGCUCAGCCCAUGACCACAUGGACAGCAUCUUGCACCCCGACCACCCCUCGCCCCCCACCCCAGGGGAAUCCAGGAAGAGGGGGAGGCGCUCUCCUCGGGGCCGGCGGAGGCAGCAGGGGAACGGCAGUCUGCCAGACACAGACAGACUGACGGACAGAGACCGCCUGCUCACAGACAACAGCGCCACCUACAGGAAAUACCCUGGACUCAACAAUGUGGCCUACAUGUCUGACCCAGACCUUCCUCCAGACCACGGCAGCCCCUCCCCUAACAACGAGGUGUUUGACCACGCCCCUCCCCCGCCCCCCUAUGUGCCCCCCCAGCCGUCCAUCGAGGAGGCGCGGCAACAGAUGCACUCCCUAUUGGACGAUGCCUUCGCCCUGGUGUCGCCCUCCUCCCAGGGCAGCGUCAGUGUCGGGGUCACGCAGGUCAGCCCCGCCCUGCCAAGCCCCUCUCCCUCCCCACAGACACACCCAUCACGCCAGUGGGGCUCCUACCCCGCAGCCCCCACACACAGCCCCUUCUCUGCGAGGUAUGCAGAGUUGGGGAUGUCUCCCUCGUCAAUACAAGGUCUGUCACAGAGGCAGGGCCUGGGUUCAGGGGCCUAUGUUACUGAAGAGGAGCAGUUGCAGGAUUCUGUUUACGCCAACAGGGGGCAGUAUGAAGAGCCCCCCUCCUCCUCCAGACCUCGGCCUGUUGGGGGAAGCACAGGUGCUCAGUUGCAUCACCUGACUCAGGUGGGCUUGUCGAGCCGGAUCAGUGCGUACCCUGGGGUGGGCCGCAGCGUCUCUGGGCCAACAGGCUCCAGCUGGAACCAGCAGCCUUUAGACCAGGACCACUCCAGACCCGGAGCCAGCAGGGAGACUGUGCUGUCGUUCCCUGAGUUCUCCUCCUACGGGGUGUUUCAGAUGCCCAGCUCCUCUCUGGGAGACCAUUCUGUCCCCCCAAUGCUCCUGGCCCCUCCCACUCCAGAGUUCCCCCUAGACGAGUCCUCCCCCUCAGCCCAAAGCUCCGCCUCCCUCAUCAAGGCCAUCAGGGAGGAGCUACGACGGCUCGCCCAGAAACAGGUUGCUGUGGCCAGCAGUUACUCCUAGACCAGUGUGAGCCCCUACCCCAUAACUGGUCAAAACUACUGACUCUAAACUGGUCCAAACCAGUUUGAACUACUCAUCCUAAGCAAGUAUGGAUUGACCGGAACCACUACCCCAAACUAGUUUGAAACAGUCAGAACCACUUUCCCUAAACUGGUGUAAAGAGGCUCAUACUACUAUUCAUAAGCUGGUCUGAACAAGACUGAACCAGUCUGCAACAGAUACGAUUUCCUUACAACAAUAACAUCACCGUUCUUUACAGGGUUCUUCUCUCUGUAAAGGUUCCCCGUUCAACAGCACAGUGUUUCCACUGGACAGGAGGAUCGAGUUUGUUUUCUUCAGUUCCAUAGAAAUGCUUCCUUGAGAGGGGUCGUCUCUGCCCUUCCUGACCUUGUUGUAUGUGGUGCUCAACCUCAGCCUCAUGUCUCCUGUCAUUAAGUUUAACCACGCAUUGCCUUCAACACACAUUCAUCAUCAGCCAUAUUGGUGAGGUCUUGUACUGUAGAGAGAUUUGGAGUGUAGUAUACUUUGGGCCUGGGGGACUUGAAUAUACAGAUGAAAAAAGUAUAUAAAAAUGAAAAUAUUAGUAGAUAUAAAAAUCCCAAAAGAGCACAAUAUGAAUGAAUAAGCGUGACCAAUGGAGUAUUGAAAUUGUAUUUAUUUUGUAUUGCUCUGAAAGUAUACUUUAAAUCCUUUAUUUUGUUCAAAAGAAGAUGAAAAAAAAGACCAAUGCUGUUUGGAUGUUCUAUGGCUGUAUUCUCCCUGUGUUUGCGCUCACUGUUGCCGUGGAGCUGAUCAUAACGUUGUUUAUCGCAGUGGAGACGUUGCUUAGCAUAGUCGCUCCCUGCCCGUGUGUUCAUGUGUUGACGGCACAAAAAUGAAGAAGGAAAAACCAUGGAUUUGCAGAUAUAAUGUGAAUAUAUAUAUAUAUAUAUAUAUAUAUAUAUAUAUAGCUCUUUUCAGUAGGUGUCAAAAGACUUGACAUGGGGCUAUAACCUAUCGCAUCCACCACCAAUGUGACCUUCUGCGGCAGAACAAAGGCAUUUCUGGGGUGAUGAUUGACUCUGUCAAAUUGUGAUAGUGUUUCUCUUGUGAAAUUCAAGAUUGGAAUAGGAAUGAUUGUAUACAAUGGUAUGAACAUCGACAAAACGUGUUGCAAAGGUGAUUUUGAUGGGGUGGUUUAUAGCGAGUGAAAAACACUGUCUAAUUUCCCCCAAAUGGCUUCCUUUCUUUAUCUCCUUUCCUUGGUCAGCUCUUAUCAAAGGUGUAAAGGUGAACAUCUCGAAGGAGGUGGAUCUAGGAAACAAUGCUAUUUAGGACAAAUCGACAUAUACUAUACUGUAGUAGUUGGUGGGUUUGGUGGUGGUUAUGAAGUGCUCUUUGUCUCCAUCUGCUGGUGGUAUGGCUGCAUGGCUGGCUUCCAUCUCUGCUUCAGGCUGUUUUCUCUGUGGUCUUAUUGGGUUUGGUCAAUGGUCAGUAAUGUGUGGGUUUGCACAGGUGAGAGAAGGUUUGCCCAUACAGCUCUGUGCUCUAGCUAUCUACAGCAUGUUGACUACGUUUGAGGCUUCGGCUAGCUAGCUAUUAGUGAUGUGACAGUUAAUUGUUGUCUUCUCUCAGGCAUGCUGCUAAAAUAAGAACUUUUUUUUAACAAAAGUUCAACUGAAGAGUUGUAACACAAGUAAAGAGUGAGAAGUGCCACCCGAACAUGAUCCAUCUAAGCACAUAACACAUCGUAAUAAUCAAGCAGUAGAAAAUAUACAGUAUGUUGGUGUUAUUCUCUUGUUUUGCCUUUUCUAAUAAUAUUUUUGAACCUAAAUGAAAAUUGAUAACAAUAAAUAUAGUAUAUAAAAGAAAAUACAUAUAAGCAGAAAAUAUGUCAAACUAUUUUAUCUGUGAUUGCUCAAUUAUAUGGACAGCCUUCCAACAGAAGGACUAACGCAUCAUCUUCCCUGUGGACCAAUCCUGAUUCAGAACUCUUCAUCUGCUGGGACUUAUAACCUUCCUGAUUGGACCUAGUACAUGUCAAUAAGGCUGUGGGAUUAUACGGAGAGUGGAGUCACAGAUGUGUGUGUGCGCGGACGACAAAACCGAUUCACCUGGUGCUACUAAGUAACAAUAACAGACCCCUCUCUCCCUCUGUACAGGGGGUUGGAGUGUGUUGAUGUCUCUUCAGUCUAACAGCAUCUCUCACACAGCCUAUACCGACAUGGGGAGCACAGACACACACUGAUGUUGAUUGAUAUUCCUAUCUAAAAAGAUAGGAUGCUCUUGUCACUUCUAGCUCUGGACUUUGAGUAGCUGCGGGCGUCUCAUGAAUGUUUCAUAGAUCUGUGUUUUCUAGAUCUGCGUUUCAUAGUUCUGUGUUUUCUAGAUCUGUGAUUCUCCGUGUGUGUCUCCAGAGUGUCGGAGCAGGUGUGUUGUUGGCCCUGAUAUCAUAUGCCUAUACUCUGUCCCCAGAGGGUAUGUGUUUUGUUUACCUUUGAGACUGGGGCGGGCUCAUCUAUAGGCCACACCAUGGGGCGUGUCUUUGUAGUAGACGCUGGGGUGUAUUAAAUGGCAGACCAGGGUGGGGUUCCUGCCCGACUAGAUUCACAGACACUGCAUUGCGUCAACCAAUGGUUGCAUGCCACGUCAUCGACUGCUCAGUCAAAAAUCACGUUGUGGUUAACUGGUAUGUUAAACACCUAUCCAGCUGUUGUCUGGCAUGUGUCUGCAAUGUUGUCGGGCAGGACCACCAAUACCUGUUUUUACAGCUCUCUCACCUUCCCACUCUUCAUACCUCUCUCCUUCUGAGCUGCAUCCCUGUGGUGUAUUGAGUCUGAAUGAUAUGUAAAUCAAACAUUAAAGAAAUGUGUUUA